AUGUGGAGAUUAGUUUUCGUUUUCGCUUUAUUGAUUCUGGCGCUGGAUCGCAUUCCGGCACUCUGGGUGUACUUGUUCCGCGCUCAGAUUUGUUUCGCUCAUCGUUUUCCCAUCGUCCUCGUGAAAUCCAUAACGAUUGUCGAAGGAAAUGUUUUCGAGCGUCUUCUUGAAAACUGUUUCCAGCAGUCGUUAGAAUGUGAGGAUGAAACUUUACCAGCACUCUGUGAUUUUAGGCCAGUUGUGUAUUUUGAUAAGAAAGAGUUUCAACGUUGCUUUUCAUCAGAAGAUUCACAUUUUGUUCCAUAUAUAUGUGAUGGAACAUAUGAAUAUCCAUCAGAUUUUAAUUGCCCUUCUUAUCAUGAACGUCAAUGUAAUCGUGGAAGAAAUUAUAUUUAUGCAUGUGUUUGCAGAAAUAAGCAACAAAAAUCAUUUUGCAACGCGUUACUUGUAGCGAUUAGAUUAAAAGAAACACCACGUCGUUGUGAUGAUUUUUUCACAUGCAAAUUAAUUUUUAGACCAGAAACUGAUUUCCAAACUUGUGUGAGCGCAGAGUCCUGUCCUAAGGUAUUAUCAGAAGAAGUAACUAAACCCACUAUUGUUAAAUCUAAAUCAGAACUUGAUUAUACUCAAUUAGAAGAAACAAACGCUGCCUUCAAAAACACGACAAGAAUACCAUAUAUUCAGCAAUCCAAAACAGAAUCAGGUAUUCAAAAUCAUGCUCCUAUUGUCAGUGCCGGCAAAAUAACAAAUGCUGGGAUAACAUUAUCACCAUAUUUGGGAGGAGUUUUUUCGAAUUUGAUGUUAUCAACAUACCUAUGCAGUGACUGA